AUGCUUGACCUAACGGCCACGCUCUUCUUAACCUCAUUCACUAUUCUGUACGCCGUCUACGCAGUCACAUGGUUAUGCUGGUACAUCUGGAAAGACAAGUCGAGUUUGGCCAUUGCAGACACGGAGGAGGUUCUCUUCUCCGGUGGGCAGAAUUACAUUCGCAACGUCCUCUUUCUUGGCAUAGCAAUGUCGCAGCUAUUUUCACCGAACUUACUGAACGAACAUUCUGUCAACACUACGGUAGCUAUCAUUGUCUUGUUGACCUCGCGCGUGCUUGCAUUCGGAAUCUGUGUGGCAUUCUUCAAUCACUUAGCCUCACUGCGUUGUCGCACAAUGGAGGAGUACAUACGUAAACGUUUCGACAGCGUAUUCCUGACCGCCUUGCAUUUGGUUACCAGGAUACUCGGUUUGCAUUACUCUUGGAUUAUGUACAUCCAGAUGCACCAAACCUUUGGACUCUUCAACGCUGUCUCUUCACUGGAGUUUGUUUACGUGAUGGGUAUAUUUGCAACCACCUCCGCUUUGGGUGGUUUGAAUGUCGUGUUGGUCGGAUGCUUUAUCUUGUGGUUUCUCGAAAUCACCGGCCAAAGUGUGCUGUUUUACAGUGCCCAGGCACACAUGUUUAAAAACCAAAGUCUGAUCCAUUUUCAACUGGAUCCAUGCUAUAGUGAGGCUGGUCCAAAUCUUUUUCUCGUCGUGGUGAGCCAACUCCUCACAAUACAGCCAACAUAUACGCUGUUCCAAGCCGCAACCUCUAGGAAACAAGCUAACAUUGCAAUGGGUAUAGGAGUCGCCCUCUUCCUGUUCAACAACGUGCUGUCCAUCUGUUCCGCAAAUGGCCUGAGAAAUUAUGCGCAAUCCCAAGGUCUACACUUUCGUGAUGGACUACACGGCCAAUACAAUCUGCAUUUUGAACAGGUGAGUCUUUUCCGGGCUCGUAGUCAGAAGCAGCAAGAAGCAACCACGGUGCCGAGUGCGAUUACCAUAUCGUUUUCCCAUUUUCUCAUUCUGUUCGGAUCAUGUGCAUGCGGCUCCAUUGCAAUGUUUCUGUUGCAAGUCCAGUCUCUGGCGAUGCACACAUACCUGAACGUUCUCCCAAAGUGGUUGCGUUUCGGUCUGAUUUCAGAUGGACGGGAAUUGCACAUUACCUUUUCCACCACUUACUUGCUCUGCGCUUAUUUGGGAAUAAUGUAUCUGACUUACCCUUAUACCAUACCACCUCAGCAGGAAGAGGCACUGAACCAAUAUUACCUGUACCAACCUCUAACGAGCCAACUGCUACUCAUGCCCGUCCUGACAACGGUUAUUUUCAGUCCACUGUGUUCUGAUGUGUGGUCCCUUCCUGUGGUGGUGGUAACUUGUGCCGUUGUGGUGAUCGGUAUGAUAUUUUCUGCCCAAACAACACCGCAAGAAGUCAGCUGUUCUGUUCGAUGGAUGCCGACGAUCUUCUUUCUGGUCUCGCUCGGUUGCGUGAUGUUCAUGUCGUUUGUUUUACGCGCUCCGAAAUUUAUACCUACCAAUCUACUAUUUAAGUAUCAUUUCCGGUUGCGCAGAAAGAAGCGAGAACAACGAAUCGUUUCCAUUAUAAACGAAAGUGGAGUUGCGCGCUUUGGGAGAGCAAGUUUGCGCUUCAGCAACACAUAA